AUGUCGACCACAUCAUCUCGUACUUCCUCACGUGGGUACCCCCCACGACCCUCUACACCUGAUCAGACAGGCCGCACAUUGGAACGGUCAGGCUCUUAUGCUGUUGCGCCCAAGUCCGAGUACCUACGAAAUGCUCUCCAGGCACGGAGAGCCCACCACACACCCACAUCUUCCCUCCAAAAUACACAACCACCACCCCCACCUGCUUCGAAGCCCGCAGAAAUCAAGACUCCUAGAAGAUCGCCCGAUGUCUUUGCUGAGUUUGCUCUGUCCGAAGAACAACAAACACCUGUUUCACCCAUCCGACGACGGAGGACGAGCGAUGUUACAAUGGGAAUCCCGCGCUCCAAGACAACCCGAGAACUCCAAAAUGAGCUUGACAAACUAAAGGAAAAGCUCAUGACCUCAAGCCUGCGGGUCGAGCUGCUCAGGAGCAGUAACAAAGAACUGCAGCAAAACCUGGCAUCGGCAAAGGAACAAAUAGAACGGCUGGAACCAUUGGAGGACGAGAACUAUGAUCUUCGUGCCGAGAACCAACAGCUGAAGCUCAAAGUCGAAAACAUGGACGACGAAAUCGCAAGACUCAAAGACAGCAACGAGGACCAUCGCAAGACCAACGAGGAGCUCACUGCUAUAGCAAGCGAGAGCGCCGCGCAUUGGGAAGCCCAUGAAUUCGCCAUUGAAGAAGCUGCCGAGUGCAUCAUCAAGAUGGAGGAGGAGAAGGCCGUGCUGACCAGGGAGCUUCAGGAGCUCAAGGACCGAGUUAUAGCAUUGGAGAGCACCUCUUCUGGCAGCGCGCUUGUCGAUGGCCCCGCCAAGUACCCGUCGCGCGUCUAUAGCGUCGACGAAUCAAGGCCUUCUACUAGCCACUUCGACUCGGACUACUACAGCCAGCCAUCGUCACCGCAAGCCAAGCCCAGCAUCGAAUCAGUCACAUCCUUUACACCCUCUGAAUUGUCGAAAAAGUUUCUCGACUUGAAAGAGGAACGUCGAAGAUCUACCCGUGAUCUCGUAAAUCGCAUGUCAGCGGUAUCCCUGAGAGCACUUCGCGAAGCAUCCCCGUCCCCUGCUCCAGAAGUCCCCCAGAUCCCUGAAGCAUACCAGCAACCAAUACCGAAAUUUGUCCAAAAUGAUAGGUCGGAAACACCCCGCGCCAAUCCUGUGCAGUAUCGCAAAGAUCUUGAAAUGCUUCCUCCGCCAUUGAUGGAAGCUGCACCGAUAGCUUCUCCAGUUCGACCACACACAGUAGCUCCACAGGCACCGGCGCCCCAACCAGAUGGGCUGCGCGGCUUGUACCGACCUGAGAGGCGUUCUAGCAACAGGGCGUCAAACGACGUUCGUCCAUCAUCGAUGGUCGUCACAUCCACGAAUUCAGGUAGUCUGGGAUAUCGCCACCACUAUGCGGAACCAUCGGCGCAUAGCCUCUCACGAUCCAGCAGCAACCAUACAGGCACGAAUAGUUCGAACGAGCGACUACGCACACUACGCCACCGGAAAUCCUCGGCUAGCAUGAGAACCCCUACAUCUGCAGCAUCUUCAGAGUGGGAGAUCCUAGCCUCCAACAACUCCCCUCCUGUCUCUGUGUCAUCUCAAGCUGAUCUAACCACUGAGGUAGACCCGCUCGCAGACAAAGACAGGUGGUGGCGCAGCAUCGAUCAUCUGACACUUUCUCAAGUAAAUGCCCAAGCCCACCAACAUUUGUAUAGCGGACAGCUAUCUAACACGCCACCAGACAUCGACCAGCCUCGCAAGCUCAACCCUAUCACAUCGCGCGAUUCGAUGAAGAACAGCCCGCAGAGAAGCAAGACGGCAACGCCCUCGAAUACUCGUGUGACAUAUGAGAAAGACUUUUUGUUCAACGCGGCAGAAAGCGAAGAAGACUUUAUGCGCAAGGCUCGCAAUGCGAUGCCUAAGCGGAAGCCAUAG